AUGCCAUUGACCCUGUUGCAGGAUUGGUGUAGGGGGGAACAUCUGAACACCCAGCGGUCCAUGCUUAUCCUGGGGAUUCCUGAGGACUGUGGUGAGGAUGAAUUUGAGGAGACUCUUCAGGAGGCUCUCAGGCACCUGGGUAGGUAUAGGGUCAUUGGUAGGAUGUUUAGGAGGGAAGAGAAUGCCCAAGCAUUUCUCUUGGAGCUUGCCCAAGAUAUUGACUAUGCUUUGAUCCCCAGGGAAAUACCCGGAAAGGGAGGGCCCUGGGAAGUGGUUGUAAAACCUCGGAACUCCGAUGGGGAAUUUCUCAAUAGACUGAACCGCUUCUUAGAGGAGGAGAGGCGGACAGUGUCAGACAUGAACAGAGUGCUUGGAUCGGACACCAACUGUCCUGCUCCAAGAGUGGCCAUAUCACCUGACUUCUGGACCUGGGCCCAGACUCUGGGGGCAGCAGUGCAACCUCUGCUAGAACAAAUGUUGUACAGAGAACUAAGAGUGUUUUCUGGGAACACUGUGUCCAUCCCAGGGGCGUUGGCCUUUGAAGCCUGGCUGGAGCACACCACUGAAAUGCUGCGGAUGUGGCAGGUGCCCGAGGGUGAAAAGAGGCGGCGGCUGAUGGAAUGCUUGCGGGGUCCUGCCCUGCAGGUGGUCAGUGGGCUGCGGGCCAACAAUGCUGGCGUAACUGUGGGCGAGUGCCUGGCAGCCCUGCAGCAGGUGUUUGGACCUGUGGAUAGCCGUAAAAUCGCCCAUGUAAAAUUUUGUAAGGCUUAUCAAGAGGUAGGAGAGAAAGUCUCCAGCUUUGUCUUGCGUUUGGAACCCCUGCUCCAAAGAGCCGUAGAAAAAAAUGCAGUAUUACGAAGGAAUGUGAAUCAGGCUCGCCUGAAACAAGUCUUAAGUGGGGCUACCCUUACUGACAAACUUCGAGACAGGCUUAAGUUGAUGAAACAGCGAAGGAAACCACCUGGUUUCCUGGCACUGGUGAAGCUCCUGCGUGAGGAGGAGGAGUGGGAGGCCACUUUGGGUCCAGAGAGGGAAAGGAUACCAGGGCUGAACGCAGGCAUAGGGUCAUCUGCCAGAAACAGUGCUUUCAGAGUGUCUUUCCCUGCCCCUGGCAACGCUCUGCGGGCCAGGUCUUCCCAAGGCUCCAGGCGCAGGAGGGGCAGAGGACAACACCGAAGGGGGCGUGUGCUAAGGGCCAGCCCUCGACAUUCAGGCAAACGGAAGCACCACACAUUUUGCUAUCGCUGUGGAGAAGAUGGCCACGUCAAGGCACAGUGUAGCAACGCUCCAAACCUGCUCUUGGUAAAGCAGAAGAGACAGGCUGCAGUAGAGUCGGGAAAUGGGAACUGGGCUUGGGAAAAGAGCCACCCCAAGCCCAAGGCCAAGUAG